AUGGUACGUAAGGCGAUACGUUCGCCGCCGGUGACGAACGAUGCGGACCCUACCGUGUCUUCAGUUUUGGAAUGGACCACCAAAGAUGUGUCUGUUUGGUUGCACAAUACUGGUUUUCAUCAGUACGCAGAUCUGUUCGCCGUUCAGCAUAAGAUUGACGGUGCCACACUUCUCAUGCUUUCUGAACUCGAUUUGAGGGAUCCUCCUUUACAAAUCAAAUGCCUUGGUGAUAUAAAGAGACUCGGACGUGCUAUUUAUAACCUAAGAAAUUGCCACAAUAAUUCCAUUCAACCUUCGCCACGGGUAUCCGAAUCAGCAUCACAGGAUGACGUAUUACUAUGUGUAGAGUACGACCAACGGAGAAAAAUGUCUAUAUCAGGGGAAGAUGUCUUUGUGAGGACGAAACAGAGCGCAAUUAUAGAUGAUGCUGUCAUUGAUACAUUAUCGAAUUCCGGUGAUAUUCACUCAGUACGUCUUAUAUCCAGGGAUGAACUUAUACGGACUGUUGAGAGCCCUGACACGAAAGGGAAAAGUCUUGCCAAAUUGCUUAUUGCUUUCCUCUAUUGCUUAUCAUCACUACUCAUUACAGCUUUUGUUAUGGUUCUUGUUCAUGAUCGUGUUCCGGAUAUGAAGAUGUAUCCGCCUCUUCCUGAUAUCGUGCUCGACAAUUUGCCACUAAUUCCUUGGGCAUUUGAUAUGUGCGAGUUUAUUGGUGUAGCCCUCUGCGCAAUUUGGUUUACAAUACUCUUAUUUCACAAGCAUAGGGUAGUUAUAAUGCGGCGAAUGUUCUCUUUAGUCGGUACUGUAUUUCUGCUACGUUGUAUAACAAUGCUAAUCACGUCAUUGUCGGUUCCUGGAGUGCAUCUUGAAUGUCGUGCUAAGGUGAGAAGGAUUUUUCUCUUAUUUUUUACAGUCAUCUACACCUCGCGGCCUUGCUAUAAAUUUAAAUUUUAA